AUGCGGCGACGGCGACACGCCUCUACUAAGGACCAUCGCUUCAAAGACACCAGGAUCAAGGGCUUGGGCAGGGAGAUAGACGAUGACUACGCCCUCAUAAGAGACCGCUAUGCCGUCCCAAAGCACCCUAUUGUACUUGCACAUGGCUUGCUGGGCUUUGUUGAACUCAAGCUGGCCGGGAGCUACUUGCCUUCUGUCCACUACUGGCGUGGUAUCAAAGAGGCUUUCAGCUCUCGGAAUGUCGAGGUCAUGACGGCAUCGGUCCCGCCCAGCGGCUCCAUCGAACAUCGCGCCGCCAAGCUCGCCCAGGACAUUGAAGCCCAAGCCCGUGGCAGGAGCGUCAACAUAAUAGCCCACAGCAUGGGCGGGCUUGAUGCUCGUUUCAUGGUCUCGCGCCUGCGCCCCGCCGUAGACGUCAAAUCGCUAGUCACCGUCGGCACUCCGCACCACGGCAGUGCCUUUGCCGACUUCCUCAUCGACGAGAUAGGGCCCCAAUACCUGCCUCGCCUAUACCGCAGCUGGGAACGGGCCACGGGUUGGGAAAGCAAUGCCUUCACACAGCUGACGACACGGUACAUGACCCAGGAUUUCAACCCCCAGACGCCCGAUGAUCCAAAUGUGCGUUACUUCUCAUACGGCGCAAUGCUCCGGGCCAAGCCGCCUCUCCUGAGCCCCUUCCGCCUGUCUCACCGAGUCAUUGAGCGGCUCGAAGGCCCCAAUGACGGCCUCGUGAGUGUCAAGAGUAGCCAGUGGGGGACAUACAAGGGGUCCCUUAUAGGCGUCAACCAUCUUGACCUGAUAAACUGGAGCAACCGAAUGCGCUCCACGUGGCAGAGAUGGAUGGGCCACCAUCAGUCGUUCAACGCAAUCGCUUUCUAUCUCGACAUCGCCGAUAUGCUGGCGAAAGAAGAGCUCUAG